AUGGCUUCUCGGCUUAGCUGCAGAUUCGUGUCUCGUCUUCUUCGCAAUACCAACCCUAAUUUUCACCACUCAAAUCCCCGUACAAUCUCUACUACAAUUCCCAAUUCUCCAUAUCCACCUCUGAUCUCAUCUCUCUUCGAAUCUAAACUUUCACCAUCCGAUCACCUCCGCCUGCUGUCCUCCGCCUCCCGUUUCUUUUCUACCGCCCGGCGCCACCCAACUCGCCCAACCAAAAUCGACAUCGGUGCCCGUGCUCGCCAAAUGCAAAACCGGCGACUCUGGACUUACGCCAUAACCUUCAGCUGCAUCGCUGGAUUCAUCAUCAUCGUACUGAACCAAUUCGAGGACCAAUUAGUCUUCUACGUUACACCCACUGAUGCUUUAUCUAAAUACGCAGAAAACCCUAACAAAAACAAGUUCCGUCUCGGUGGAUUAGUCCUAGAAGGCAGCGUAGCUCAUCCAGCGGCGUCCCAUGAGAUCGAGUUUGUUAUUACCGAUCUGAUUACAGACAUGUUGGUCAGAUACGAGGGGCAAGUGCCUGAUUUGUUUAGGGAAGGUCAUUCGGUUGUUGUUGAAGGUUUUGUGAAGCCAAUUACAGAGCAAAUCAAGAAGGAAGCCACAGAAAAGAGUGUAUCUGGAAAGGCGAGAAGCGUUGAGUGUUAUUUUUCUGCUAGUGAGGUGUUGGCGAAGCACGAUGAGAAGUAUAUGCCUGCUGAGGUAGCUAAUGCUAUUGAGAAGAACAAGAAGAAGCUUGCCGAAGAAGCUACAAAUCAGAUUGAGGGGCAAGAGGCAGUUCCAACCUCAUAG